CCUCUCGUUCUUCUUCUUCUUCUUCAUGCCUCUCUGCAAAUCAUAGCACCAGUCACUGCUAAACUGAUCAUGAUUCCUAUUAUUGCAGUAUUGCUUUUCUUUGCCUCAUCCAUCUUUUUAGGCUUUCUUAUCCAAAAAACAAAGCGAGUAGUACUCCCACCUGUGCCACCUCUCCCUCCAGGACCCAGCCCAUGGCCGAUCAUCGGAUGUGUACCAGAGAUGUGGAGGAACAGACCAGCUUACAGAUGGAUACAUGACAUUCUGAAACAGCUCAACACUGAUAUUGCAUGUGUACGACUAGGAAAAGUUCAUGUGAUAGCAAUCAAAUCACUUGAAAUUGCCAGAGAAUUCUUGAAAAAACAUGACGUUGUUUUCGCAUCACGACCCACUACUAUGGCUACUCACUACUUAAGUAAUGGGUACUUGACAACAGCUUUUGCACCUUUGGGAGAGCAUUGGAAGAAAAUGAAAAGAGUUUUGGUUACCGACGUGUUGAAUCAGUCCAGACUCCAGUGGCUACUCGAUAAGAGAAACGAUGAAGCGGACAAUCUUGUGAAGUUUCUCUACAGUCAGUGCUCGAACAGUGAGAAUGGUUCGGUGGUGAAUGUGAGAAAUGCAGCCCAACAUUACUCAGCGAAUGUGAUAAGAAGGAUGAUCUUCAACACGAGGUACUUUGGCAAUGGAAGGGAGGAUGGAGGACCAGGACUUGAAGAGAGACAUGUCUCUGCGCUUUUCACAAUACUCUUGCAUCUCAAUGUGUUCUAUGUAUCCGAUUACCUUCCAUGGCUGAGACCGUUUGACAUAGGUGGGCAUGAGAAAAAGGUGAGGGAUGCUUUGAAAAUUAUCAAGCAAUAUGAGGACCCUAUUAUAGAUGAGAGAGUACGAAAGUGGAGGUGCUCUAAUCAGGAAAAUUGGAUCAAGGAGCCUGUAGAGGAGAACUUGCUCCAUGUUUUCAUCUCUCUCAAAGGUGCAGAUGGGUAGCCUUUAUUAUCAACUAAAGAAAUCAAAGCACAAAUCACUGUAAGAUAUUCUUAUCUCUA